GCCCGGCCGCGCACCGGCUUUUUGGGGGGGAGGUCGCGGCCCCGCAGCGGCUCUCGGGUGGGGGGUCCCCGCUGCCCCCGCGCACCAUGGCCGGGCUCCUGCCGCUGCUGCUGCUCCUGCUGCCGGCGGCUCCCUCCUGGGGCUCCAAGGACAAGUGCUCCACCAAGAUGUACACGACGAGCGGGGAGUGCUGCCGAGCCUGCAACCUGGGCGAGGGGGUGGUGCAGCCCUGCGGGGUCAACCAGACCGUGUGUGAGCCCUGCCUGGACAGUGUGACCUUCUCGGACACGGUGAGCGCCACGGAGCCCUGCAAGCCCUGCACGCAGUGCCUGGGGCUGCAGAGCAUGUCCGCGCCCUGCGUCGAGUCGGACGACGCCGUUUGCCGCUGCGCCUACGGAUACUUCCAGGACGAGGCCAGCGGGGCCUGCCGGGAGUGCCGCGUCUGCGAGGUGGGAUUCGGGCUCAUGUUCCCCUGCAAGGACUCGCAGGACACGGUGUGCGAGGAGUGCCCCGAGGGCACCUUCUCCAGCGACGCCAACUUCGUGGACCCCUGCCUGCCCUGCACGACCUGCGAGGACAACGAGGUGCUGGUGAAGGAGUGCACGGCCGUGUCCGACGCCGAGUGCAGGGGUCUCCACCCUCGCUGGACAACCCACCCCCCACCCCUGGUGGGCUUUGAGAGCCCCGAGCCCAGCACCAGGGAGCCCCUGGGCACCGAGGUGCCCCCCAGCACCCCUGCAGACACGGGCACCACCGUGGUGGGCAGCUCCCAGCCCGUGGUGAGCCGCGGCACCGCCGACAACCUCAUCCCCGUCUACUGCUCCAUCCUGGCCGCCGUGGUGGUGGGGCUGGUGGCCUACAUCGCCUUCAAGAGGUGGAACAACUGCAAACAGAACAAGCAGGGGGCCAACAACCGACCCGUGAACCAAACCCCCUCCCCAGAGGGGGAGAAGCUGCACAGCGACAGCGGCAUCUCCGUGGACAGUCAGAGCCUGCACGAUCAGCAGCCCCCCGGCCAGGGCACCCAGGGGCCAGCGCCCAAGGGAGACGGGACCCUGUACGCCAGCCUGCCCCCGGGCAAGCAGGAGGAGGUGGAGAAGCUGCUGGGCAGCUCUGCUGAGGAGCCCUGGAGGCAGCUGGCGGGCGAGCUGGGCUACAAGGACGAGCUCAUCGACUCCUUCACCCGCGAGGACUCUCCCGCCCGGGCCCUGCUGGCCCAUUGGUCCUCCAAGGACUCGGCCACCCUGGAGGCUCUGCUGGCCGCCCUGCGCAGGAUCCAGCGCGGGGACAUCGCCGACAGCCUGGCCAGCGACUCCACGGCCACCUCGCCCGUCUGAAGGGUGGCCCGGGGCGGCCCCGAGGGGAGCCCGCCCCCCCCCCCCCGGGCCCCUCUCGCCCUCCCCCUCCCCGGCGGCCCCGGGGGGGAGG